AGAAAAUCGGUCUGUUUUAAACCAUGGCGACUUACUAAACGAUGCCUUCCGCAGAGGUAAACGGAGAGGCACACUUAACUAAUGGGAUCCUAUCGAUGUUGCGCCCCCUCCGAGCCCAAUCUGCGCGCGGCGGAAUGUUAAUGUUGCCACAGCCGGUCCGUGUUGUCUUUGGCUGCUGCGAGUCUGGCUGUAUUGUUUGUAGUCGCUCCAUAAUGUCACGGAGCUUGACGGAUGUGAUAUAAAGAAAGAAAGGAAGAAAGGAAGGAAGAAAGCCCGCAGUAAACGCAACGCUCUCCUGCGACUGACUGGACCUAAUGGAAGUGACCCGGUUUACUCUGCACAUGUGUGAGGAGAAGUGUGUGUCCCAUGUUGCAUUAGUGUCCGUGUGAAAUGCUGGCCUGUCUGCGAGGGCCAGGUGACCUCCCCCUCCAGCUUCUUCCCCACACGCAGAUGAACACUGGACAUCAGAAAUGGGACACCACGCAAAGGAUGAGAUCCGCUCCGUUUCCAACCCCUGCAGAAUUGGAUGCUUUCGCUAAGAAGGUUGCCAACAACCCCCUCACCAUCAAAAUCUUCCCCAACAGCGUCAAGGUUCCCCAGCGGAACCACGUGCGGCGUACAGUCAACGGGCUGGACACGUCGGGCCAGCGCUACAGCCCUUACCCCUCGCAGGCCAGCGCCAAGACGGGCCUCCUCGCCGUCAUCCAGGUACCCACAGUCAAAGGCGUCCUGAAAGAUUUUGACGGCAGCCGGGCUCGCUUGCACCCCGAAGUCAUCAUGAACCCCCCUACCGGAACCUACCAAGUGGCCUCGACCAGCACUUUAAACCACCACCCACCUCUGCCGAACCGUCCCCAGCAGAGCGUACCCCUUCAACCACAGGAGCCACCUCAGACUCUACAUAUGCCCCUCCAGCAACAGCAGGGUCACACCCAGAGCCUCAGGCACCCUCCCCACAUGGCCCAGCACCCUCAGGGCCCACCGAGGCUCCAGACUCUGCCUCAGCACCCGGCCCUUGGCCACCCACAGGGGCCCCCUACCGUCAUGCUUCAGCAGCAGCACCUCCAGCAGCAGCCACCACCUGGCCUGCAGGGGAGCAGAAAGCUGCCAGAUGGCGACGCGCCGCCUAAUGUUACCGUCUCUACCUCAACCAUUCCACUCUCCAUGGUCGCCGGGCUGCAGCAGGGCCACCAGGCUGACCUGAGCACCAUCGUGCAUCAGUUAAACCAGUUCUGCCACGCCCGGGCCCAUGGCGCGGGAGCCACCUCCAUGUGUGAGGGCCAGAUUGCCAACCCCGGCCCAAUCUGUCGCAACCUGCUCAUCAGCGCCUGCUCCAGGGUGACCACGCACAGCGACCCCGCCACCCCUGGCUUUCCCCCGCACAACUGCAUUCUUCAAGACAACGCCACGGCCCUGGUGGGAGCUCACCCGCAGCACAGCGCGGCUAUUAUGAACCACUUGCCUUCCAACCACACCGAUCUUAAGAAGCAGCAGCAGCAGCAGCAUCACCACCAUCUGCAGCAGCAGCAUCUGCAUCAACAACAGAAUCAGCUGCUGCAGCAACAACAACAACAACAGCUAGAACACAACACACAGCAGCAGAAGAUGCGCUCUUGGAAUCAGCACCAGUUGGGACACAUGCCCCACAUUCAGAACGGUGGGAGCCACCUCUGCGAGCAGCCUUCCAGGGAUCCCGCCUUCCAUUUCAAGGGCAUGGGCUACCCUACAGAGGUGUGCAUGGGUCAGCCUUACACACUGAAACCUCCCGUAGAGAGGCCCACCCCCUCCCCCCCUGUCAACAACGGCAUGCUCGGCCCCAUGGCCCACUACACCAAUGGUCACUACUUCCAGUCCCACAGUUGGAACAGCAGCAUCCUACCCACGCCCAACAGUGACAGCUCCGGGUCUCAGGACAUAGCCAUGCCAUUCCACGGUGCCGGUCCAGGGGGGUGCACCACACUAGAUUGUGGACCCCCUGGGGCCCCCCAUUACAGGCUAGGAACAAGCUCCUGCACCUCCUCUUCCUCAGCCCAGACUAAUCCGAUGCAAAUGGCAGAUUACUUGGGUGGGGACUUCCAGACUCCCUACUUCCUCGAUCAGAAUCUAGGCUUGAUGGGCAAGAUGCACAGGCCUCCUCUGAGCAGGGUUGGUCCAGAGGUUGGGGAUGACAGAACCGCUCUUAUCCAGCACCCAGGGUACAGAUAAGCUUUGGCCUUGUCUCCACAAGAGUUAUCAAAAGCCCUUUGUUUAGUCUUAAGAAAGGAAACACAUGACUACAACUAAAUCUAUAACUUAAACAAACAACCUCAUGUUAAAGAGGGUAAAUUAAUAUAUUUAAUGAAGACCAGUUUUUUGGUCCUUUUUUGUUUGUUUUUUCCUUUUAAAUAAAUCUUGCAAGUGAUCAAUUGCUACUUUUAUUUUGUUGAGUGCUUUUACCUCGCACUUUAGGGAACUUUUUCAUGUGUGUGUGUGUGUGUACCCAUCUGUACUCUAUGUGUGUGUGUGUGUGUCAUUCCCUCCUUUCCUCUAUCUGUGUGCCUGAAUCUAAACAGAUCCUCUGUUAUUACUUCAGAUCCAUCCCUAAUGUUUUCUAAUGCAUGUAAAAGAGAAACAGAUUCCAACAAACAUCUACUGAUGUGUUUUUUGUUUUUUAAAGGGUCAUGUCAGGAACUCGGACAAGUUUGAGACAAGUGACUCUCAUUUUAGUGUUAACGCCCCUGUCUCAUAGUAACUUCAAGAUUAAACGGUCAUUUGGGGACGGAAGAGAUUAAUAAUCUUAUUAAAGCCACCAGACACUGGACACUACAGAUUACAGCUAGGAAAGCUUAUGGUAGGUUUUAUUAUUUUGAAAUGUAAUUAUUUAUUUGUAUCAUAAGGACUAUUCAAGGUGGAUUCCUCUGUCAGUUAAGGAAGCAUGUAAUCAGGUUGUUUUGUAUAUAGUCAUGAUCCAGCAGGGAGCACGUAUGUUGAAAAGGCGAUGCUCUGUCUUGCUGAAAAUGCUGCAAUGAAUUCAGGUGUUUAAAAAAUAAAAUAAAGAAAAAGACUUUCUGUCAAUGCCAAGAAGGUUUGGCAAAAAAACUAUUGAAAUGUCAUGAAAGAUCAACUCUCAUACCUUUUUUUAAAAAUGGCCAAAGUCAUGUUGAGGAGGACACACGGUGAUGAUGAUGUGCCAUGUUGUGUUUGUUUCCUUUUGCGGUCGUUUAUGAAACCAUGACAAAUGUAUUACUUGAACGUUGAGAUGAUUUUUAAUUUGCAGUUAUUGAAGGGGAGAGGCGGGUUACGAGGACUCAACUCUGGGGGCGUUGCCAACGAGCCUCAGCAAGAGUUUUGAUGACCACAGCAGGAAGUUAUGUGAAUUAAGUUGUGUGUAGAUGCUACUGAGUCUGAUGUGAAGUCUGCUCGAAAAAGACCAAAUUGAUCACUUGCAAGAUCACUUGGUGGUAAACAAAACUGACUUAAGUUUAAAGUGAAACAGCAAAUGCAUUGUUUAUUUUAUUGUACACUGGCUUACCUACUCGUAACUUUAAACGUUAACGAUUGUGUGUCAGUGUCUACUGCUGAAGUGGGUAGAUUUAAGGAUUUGUGUGAGAGAGAGAGAUAGUGUGCGCCCAGGUUUUGUUCACCUAACUCCCUAACAGCCCUUAAAAAGCCUUAAGUGUUUGGUCCUUGGACUUCCCUUGAAAAAGAGCAUGGUUUUAAUGAAAACCCCAAAUAAUAAGGAGAAAGAGGAUGGUGAGGAUACGCAGAAACAGCAAUUAUUAUUAUUUUGGUUUCUUUUUUUAAUUUAUUUUUAUUUUAUUGAGGUUUUGUUGAAUAGACAAAGCAAUUCCUUAGACAUUCUUUAUAAUGGAAAGCAGGAAAAGGAGUAAUAUUUUGUAAUUAUAUAUUUUAGCAAUGUGUAGUUACUGAGCUGUAACAUUUCUUUCCCCCAAGUUUCAAAGCUUGAUUUUGCAGUUGUGACUAACACUUGAUUUGCUUGUUAUUUAAUUUGUCUUUCUUUCUUUGUUUCUUGUACUAUUGCUGUGAAAUGGAAGGAGGUCCACAAGCCUUUCUUUUGUGUCAUUCUGUACGACAGAUAAGAGGCAAGAGCGUGAGAGUUGUGCUACUCUUUUUGUAAUAUUGUAAUAAUAAAAUAAAGUUCUAAUUUAUGCUUUGAAA